AUGGCUAUGAAGAGCACCUCGUCAGGAUGGCAUCGAGGUCACACCCGCAAUCAUUCCCAGAGUAUCACACAGGCCAACGCUAUGCAACAUCAACAACAACAACAACAGAGACAUGUUGCUGGAGGUCCAGCGACCCGCGGCGGGCCCGUCACCUGGAUGUCGUUGCCUAGGAAGAAGCAGCUGGCGUUGCUGGGUCUGUGUCGCGUCUUCGACUUCUUGCAGAUCGCCUCGUUACAAGCGUACAUGUUCUACCAGCUCAAAUCCUUCGACGAAACGCUCUCCGACUCCGACGUGUCUACACAAGCUGGAAUUCUUCAGGGUGCUUUCACGGCCGCACAAUUCGCGACUGCGAUACCCUGGGGUCGAGUGGCAGAUGCUGAGUGGGGUGGUCGUAAAUUUGUUUUGUUGGUGGGGUUGAUAGGCACGGCAGUAUCCUGCCUGGGUGUUGCCUUUUCGACGUCAUUCGCGCAGGCCGUGUUUUGGCGUUCGUUUAGUGGUGCGAUCAACGGAACAGUGGGGAUCGUUCGGACAAUGAUCGCAGAGAAUGUUAAGGAGAGGAAAUACCAUUCUCGGGCCUUCUUGAUCCUUCCCAUUGGGUUCAAUAUCGCUGCGCUGUUUGGCCCAGUUAUGGGAGGCAUGCUUGCCGAUCCGGUCAAGAGCUAUCCGAGGCUGUUUGGCACCAAUUCGUCCUUUGGAGGUGCGGCUGGUGUGCAAUGGCUGAUAAAGUAUCCGUAUGCAUUGCCAAUGCUGGCCAAUGCCUUCUUAUUGACAACCUGCGCCGUUUGCGUCGGCAUGGGACUGGACGAAACGUUGCAAGCAUGCAAGGGAAAACCUGGCCUGGGCGCUUUUGCGUUGAAACUGUUCGCCCGUGGUCUGAAGGCCGUUGUUCCUUCCUCAUCACCCCUGUAUACCAGAAUCCCUUUCUCCGACUAUGACGAGGAAGGACCGCUGCUGAGCCGACCAACCGAUCCUACCGAAAGCUACGAACUGGAAGAAAAGGCCACCAACUCUAGAAGAAAUGCGCGUGUGUUGCCUUUCCGGCGCAUUUGGACGAAGAAUGUUCUGUGCACUCUUUUAGCCCAGGCGUUCUUCGAUUUCCAGAUGGGUGCCUUCAACAAUCUCUGGCUGCUUUUCCUCUCGACCCCGCGAUAUGACUCCAGCGACCCCGCCAGUCCUGCCCAGGAACUCCCUUUCAUCUUCACCGGUGGGUUGGGCAUGUUGCCGCAGAGUGUUGGAUUCGCGACCGCUAUCCUUGGUGUAAUUGGCAUGCUCCUCCAAUUUACCAUCUAUCCUUCUAUCAAUGGCCGUCUGGGUACGGCCAAGAGCUACCGGUACUUUCUCUCUCUCUUCCCCCUGGCCUAUGCUUUUGCGCCAUAUAUCGCGCUUGCGCCAUCCACUACGGCUCCUCCCGGACAAGCCAAUGGCCCAUGGGUCUGGUUUUCCAUUAUCGUCGUCCUCUUCCUGCAGGUCACCGCGCGGACAUUUACACUCCCGACCUCGAUCAUUCUUCUCAACAACUGUUCACCACAUCCUUCGGUGCUCGGUACGAUGCACGGCAUCGGGCAGUCAGUCUCUUCGGCCUUCCGCACCAUCGGCCCCAUCUUCUCUGGGGCUUGGUACGGAUAUGGUCUAGAAAUCGGAAUGGUGGGCUUCGCCUGGUGGCUGAUAGCCCUCGUGUCUGUUUUCGGAUGCAUAGCCGCGAUCUUUGUUUACGAAGGUUCUGGCCAUGAGGUUCUUCUUCCCGGGGAGGAAGAAGACAUCCAUUGA